AUGUGGGACUUCACGAGCUCAUUAACCUAGGUUGGUACAUAGAUACGCGUUUACAUCUAUGAUAUAUAAGUCGUAUCAUCGGGGGUAGACCCGUUUAGUAGUUAGCUAUAAACGCAUCAAGACGUCAUCACCCUUUCACAAUUUCGACUGCAUCGUACACAUAAACAUAGCAUAUAUCUAAAGGAGUAGCCUAGGAGUAUAGCCUGGGAGUUUACUUUGACUCUCACCUUUCGCUUCUUAACGUAUCCUCGCCAGACCUCUGCCCAUAUUAUACUACUCUGAGGGAUACUCGACCUCGCCUGAUCCAACAAUGGCGCCAAACAAGUCUCUCAUUUUCAAAAAGGUCCCUACUGGUUUCCCGGUUCCAGGAGAGCAUCUCGCCGUUGAGGAGCAGUCCAUUGACCUCGAUGCGGCCCCUCCAAAAGGUGGCCUGAUCGUCGAGAUACUCUAUGCUUCCUUCGACCCCUAUCUCCGCGGUAGGAUGCAUGAUGGCAGUGUCAAGUCUUACGCGCCGCCUUUCGCUAUUAACAGUCCAAUCUCAAAUGGCACCAUCGCCCGGGUUCUAAAGUCAGACACGUCGGAUUUCAGCCAAGGAGAUAUUGUGUCCGCAUUUCUUCCUAUUGCUGAGUAUGCUACAGUUCCCGAUGUUUCCACUGCCAAUGUGCGCAAGAUCAACAACCCGCAUAAUCUCGAUCUUGGCAUGUUUCUAGGCCCCUUAGGCAUGCCUGGCUUAACGGCCUAUUCGGCUCUCCAUAAGAUUGGAAAACCAAAGAAGGGAGAAACAGUAUUUGUUAGCUCGGCUGCUGGCGCUGUCGGGCAGGUCGUGGGUCUAGUCGCGAAGAAUGAAGGACUUAAAGUCAUUGGCUCGGUUGGCUCUGAUGAGAAGCUAGAUUAUAUCAUAAAUGAGCUCGGAUUCGACGGUGGUUUUAACUACAAGAAGGAGAGCGCAUUCGAUGCGCUUAAGCGCCUCGCACCCGACGGAAUUGAUAUCUACUUUGAGAACGUUGGUGGAGACCAGCUCGAUGCUGCUUUGGAGAAUAUGAAUUCUCUCGGACGAAUUCCAGUUUGCGGAAUGAUUUCGGGAUACAACUUGCCGCGUGACCAAAGAUAUGGUGUCAAGAAUCUCACCCAGCUCAUUGCACGGCUCUUAACGAUGCAAGGCUUCCUUGUUGGACAACCUGAAUUCGGGCCUGCAUACUUUGAAGAGCACCAGCAACAAGUUCAAAAAUGGAUCGCAGAAGGAUCUUUCAAGGCCAAACUUCACGUCACCGAGGGUAUCGACAAGGCGGCUGAAGGGUUCGUGGGACUACUUAAAGGCGAUAAUUUUGGCAAGGCCGUCCUGAAAAUCAAGGAUUAGCACAUAACCAUCUUGGCAUCGGUACCUAGAAGUCUAGCUUGCAGGCUAGAGACGUAGCUUACAUUAGGCUUGGCUGUGAACUAGGAGAUAUUAAAUGAAUGAAAUGUCUGGCCGCUUUUGGUCCGAUGUGUAGAUUGGGAUAGGAGCAGCUAUACAUAGCGAAACACAUUACAAGAGUUCUGAGAACAUCUACGCUCUCGCGGUCGUAUGAACCCAUAAAUUAGUUUUACGAAGGGCUUGAACAGUGAACCGUGGACCUCUAAUAUAACAAUUUUAUGAU